AUGAAGAUGAAUCCUCCCUUGCCGCCAUGCUACUGGCAACAGGAACAAGCCCUUGAAGCCGGCCAUCGGUUCUUACCCCACGAUGCUGGCGAGUGGACCACAAGCACCAUCAUCAUGCCUACGCCCCUUGGCCUAUUCGAGAAGGUCAUGGUUCCCUCUGUGCGGAAGAAGGUCUAUUAUCAGCGACAGCAGAUCCGUGCCGGUGUCGUGACUCCCGAAGAAGCAGGAGCUCUGAUACCGAGGUUUGACCUGAGGCUUGCGGCUGUAAAGGAGGAAUACCGCGCCUGUGUGAUAAGCUAG